AUGGUUCGCCCACCCACGCCCGCUCUUCGAGCUUUACGCAAUAUCCGAGCUCGACCAGUUUCUGCUCUGUCGCAGCAGAGGCUGCUCGGCGCUUCUGCCCGGUGCCUAGCAAGUGAGAAACAGGCGUCAUUCAAGAGCCAGCUCUACGAGAGCACCCAGCAACGACUCAAGCGCGAGCGCGCCGAACAGGAGCGGUUCGCCCAGUACCAGCCUCAGUCAGCAGGUGGUCGUUAUGCCGCCUUAAUGUUUGCUUUGGUCUUUUUCUCAACCGGCGCAUACUACCUAGGCUCCCUCAAGCCUGCCUCUCUUCCUAAGACUUCGACAACCCCCCUGGCAGAUCUCGAGUCCCCAAGGCACAAUGUGUCCCCGUCCAACUUGCAGGCCGCGUGGACCGACUUUGUCGAGAUCCUGGGCAAAGAGAAUGUUUCCACCUCGCCGGGCGAUGUGGAAAUGCACUCCGGAUCUGACUGGUCGUCCUAUGCCCGCAAAGAUGACGAGAAGCCAUUCCUGAUUCUCUACCCUUCGACUACCGAGGAGGUUUCCUGUAUCAUGAAGAUCUGUCACCAGCGAGUGAUCCCGGUUACCCCGUACUCUGGUGGCACAAGCUUGGAGGGUCACUUCGCCUCCACGCGUGGUGGCGUGUGCAUUGACUUCCGUCGCAUGGACCAGGUCUUGAGUCUUCACAAGGAUGAUUUGGACGUGGUUGUUCAGCCGGCCGUGGGCUGGGAAGACUUGAAUGAGGAGCUGGCCAAGGAUGGCCUUUUCUUUCCCCCGGACCCGGGUCCUGGGGCUAUGAUUGGUGGCAUGGUGGGCACCGGCUGCUCGGGAACCAACGCUUACCGCUAUGGUACAAUGCGUGAGUGGGUUCUGUCGUUGACCGUAGUCCUUGCCGAUGGAACGAUCAUUCGGACCCGACAGCGUCCGCGCAAGUCCAGUGCAGGAUAUGACCUCAACAAGCUCUUCAUUGGCAGUGAGGGUACUCUUGGUCUUGUGACUGAAGCGACGCUGAAGCUCACCGUGCGGCCUCAGAGCCAAAGCGUGGCGGUGGCCAGCUUCCCUACUAUUCAUAAUGCCGCUCAUUGUGUCACACAGGUGGUGAAGGCAGGGAUCCCUGUCGCCGGAGUCGAGAUCCUCGAUGAUGUUCAGAUGAAGUGCAUCAAUGCCAGUGAGAGCACGAGUCGCCAAUGGAAGGAGUCCCCCACAAUCUUCUUCAAAUUCACCGGGACGCCCGCGGCCGUUAAGGAGCAGAUUGGCAUGGUGCAAAAGCUCGUCAAGAACGCCUCAGGCAAGUCCUUUGAGUUUGCUCGGGGCGAGGAGGAAAUUCAGGAAUUGUGGAGUGCGCGGAAGCAGGCCCUGUGGAGUGUGAUGGCCAUGCGUAGAAGCCCCUCCGAUCACGUUUGGACCACCGACGUAGCGGUACCAAUGAGCAAACUGCCUGACAUUAUCGAAGCCACCAAGGAGGAUAUGACUAAGAGCGGCCUGCUCGCUGGAAUCUGCGGUCACGUUGGUGAUGGUAACUUCCAUGCUAUCAUCCUGUUUAACGACGGCGAAAAGAAGGUAGCUGAGGGUGUUGUCCACCGCAUGGUCAAGCGAGCCGUGGAAAUGGAAGGCACGGUGACCGGUGAGCACGGUGUUGGACUUGUCAAGCGGGAUUAUCUUGCCCAUGAGCUGGGUGAAUCUACAGUUGAUGCCAUGCGUCGGUUGAAAUUGGCGUUUGAUCCGCUUUGUUUGCUCAACCCAGACAAGGUUGUUCGAACCCAGCAGCCAGCGCCGGGUGAGGUCAAGGAAUGGUAG